AUGAAUCGAUACGGACAUUGUUUCCUUCUGCUUUUAACACUGUGCAUCCUGGCUGGUGAUUAUCGCGUUAACUCGGAUCAGGACACUCGUCUAUCGAGGAGGAGACGUUACGUCGUUUUCCCGGAAGGUUCUACAUUCUCGGUUGCACUCUGUCUCACAUUUCACACACUCACCCCGGACAGCAUUUUCACCGAGGGUGUGAACUGGGGUAUCUCUUACGAUCUACCGAACGAAAGUAAACCGGCUCUGGAGCCGUUUUUACAACUGAGACACGAUAAAAUUAAACCAGCCACGAAGUACACUAGUUACACGAAUAAUAUGAUCGACAGAAACACCGUGAAGUAUUCCGGAUGGAACAGUAACGAGAAGUACUACGUGAAACCUGGUAAAAGGAAGUAUUACAAGCCUGAUUACUACUAUUUGCAACGUAGACAUCGCAGGGAGCUUUACAGCAAAUUGGAGAACGUGAUGAACGCGAUGAACUUUGACGGGAGGACGUGCGUGCUUCGAGCGCUGUGCGAGGCCUCCCAGCGUCUGAUGCCGAAAGGGAACACUCUCGUCGAGGAGAUGAUGAGGAUAUCAUUCUCCUUCCCUUUGAAACGACUGUUCUCGUACGAGCCAGAGGAGCAUCGCGCGUACGGCAGCGCCCACAAAGCGGGCCACGAGGGCCACGACUGCGCCGCCAUGUUCGCCGGAUGUAGCUUCUCUCUGAUCGACAUGGCCCUCGGGAAAUACGACGCGUCGCCUCAACUUCCGCUAGGAUACGCCGAUAUGGCGAGCUCUUCCGGCCACUGGGCCAGGUACAACAUGAAAUAA